UCUUCAAUUCUCUUCAACUUUCUUCACUUAAUUUUUAAUGCCUUUUUUCCUUUUACAACUAUUGAAGCUCAUUCUCAGAAUUGCACUAUUUAACUUAAGAUUGUAGAAACGGUUGUGUCAAGCAUGGAAAUUUCAGAGCUUUUUGAAUUUGGGAGCUUGAGUUUUGAGAAAGCGAAUGCUUUGGUUAUUAUCACCAAAUUGAAUUCUGGGGUUUCCAUAAAUAGCCUGAAACUGCUUUUCGCUUCUUUUACACUGUUUGUGGGUCUUUGUUAAUCUUCAUUUGCCUUCACUUCUUGCUUUGCUCCAAGCUCGCCAUAUGCACCAUUUUUUCGAUACCUGGUUUUCUUCAUCAUCAUUGAGGAGUUCGGGCUAGAGCUUUGAGAUUUGAAUUUUCAUGGGAUGGGGGUUGUAAAGCCAGGGAAUCUGCAGCUGAUGCAGUUUUGUGUUAUUGGCUUUGCAUUAGUUGUUGAGGUGUCUUCAGUGCGUAACAUGUCCCCAUCUACAGCAAAAUCUUCUGUGAGUCAUGUCCAGCAAAUCAGCAAUGCCGUUGGCUCACCAUUUCAACAAGAUGGGUCAGAUCUACAUUCUCCACCAGCCUUACCACCCUUUUUAUCUGUCCCAGUGCCUGAGAUAGCAGAAGGACAUAUACACUCCAUGACACCAAGUUCUUCAGUAGGAUCACCAGUUUAUAAUACAGCUCCUCCACCAUCAAUUGAGGAAGGACAUGUUCCAUCCACAUUCCCAAUUCCUCCAAUAUUAUCACCACCAUUGCUUACAGCUUCUCCACCCUUACUUGUUCAAGGACAUGCUCCAUCCAUCUCACCAAGUGCUCCUCAGAUGAAGGAACCGAUUAGUAGAUCUCCUGUCUCAGGACAUACUCCAUCCAUCUCACCAAGUCCUCCUCAUAUGAAGGAAUCUGUUGGUAAACCUCCUGUGUCAGGAUAUACUCCAUCCAUCUCACCAAGUCCUCCUCAGAUGAAGGAACCAGUUAGUAAAUCCCCUGUGUCAGUGUCAGAUGCUCCAGCUCCAAUUGCGUCACCUUUAAGGAAUUUGCCAAAAAAUUCACCAGCCAUCAACACAACAACAGUUCCAAAACCUUCACAUAAAUCUCCACAAAGUUUGCCUGCCAUCUCCCAAUCUCCAAUCUCAACACCUCUGAGGGAUUCACCCCUAAAUCCACCAGCUAAACACUCCAAUAGAACAAGUGCUUUUCAACCUAGUAAUCAAACAAAUGAUAUGGCUCCUGUUCUGCAGCCAACUGCUCCAGCUCCAAUCUCAGUGCCUUUGAGGAAUUCAUCACUAAACAUACCAGCCACUCCCUCCAGCAUGCCAAGAGCUUUGGCACCAACUUCCAGUCAAAGAAAUUUGUCAAAUAAUGAGGCUCCUACUCUGCCGACUGCUCCAGUUCCUGUUGCAGUACCUUUGGCAAAUUCGCCACAUAAGUUACCUCGCAUUCCCUCCAGUAGCCCAAGUGGUAGUCAAAGAAAUGCAACAAAUAUUGCAUCUCCGCCAAGGAAAUUAGAAAGCUCCCCGCCGACAGCCCAUCCAAUGGUGCCUGGAAAUCCACCUUCCAUUUUACCUGAUAUUGGUGUUUCUCCUGCACCAACUCCACCUCAGAGCAACAACAGGGGAAACCACGGUACCCCACUUGCCUCACCUGGAGCUGAAACUCACAAGCCAUUGCCACCUGUGGAGCAUUCCCCAAAAAAGGAUACUGCUGUUUCUCCUGCACCAACUCCACCUCAGAGCUUCAACAGGGGAAACCAUGGUACCCCGGUUGCCUCACCUGGAGCUGAAACUCACAAGCCAUUGCCACCCACUGAGCAUUCCCCCAAAAAGGAUAUUGGUGUUUCUCCUGCACCAACUCCACCUCAGAGCAUCAACAGGGGAAACCAUGGUACACCGGUUGCCUCACCUGGAGCUGAAACUCACAAGCCAUUGCCACCUGCAGAGCAUUCCCCAAAAAAGGAUAUUGGUGUUUCUUCUGCACCAACUCCACCUCAGAGCAUCAACAGGAAAAACCAUGGUACCCCAGUUACCUCACCUGGAGCUGAAACUCAUAAGCCAUUGCCACCUGUGGAGCAGUCCCCAAAAAAGGAUAUUAGUGUUUCUCCUGCACCAACUCCAACUCAGAGCAUCAACAGGAAAAACCAUGGUAACCCAGUUACCUCACCUGGAGCUGAAACUCCCAAGCCAUUGCCACCUGUGGAGCAUUCACCAAAAAAGGAUAUUAGUGUUUCUCCUGCACCAACUCCACCUCAGAGCAUCAACUGGGAAAACCAUGGUACCCCAGUUGCCUCACCUGGAGGUGAAACUCACAAGCCAUUGCCACCUGCGAACCACUCCCCUAAAAAUGGUUCUUCUGCAGCUGUUUCUCCUAUGCACAAAUCAGUGAGGCCCCCUUAUAAAGCUCCCACUCCAUCAGUUUCAUCUCCUAAACCUUCUCCAAAUGAGGGGCAUUUUCCUUCUGCAUUGUCACCUUCACCAUCAUUUGAAAAGCAUCAACAUCCAAGGAACAAAAUUACCAGUUCUGCUCCCACAUCAUCAUAUCUGAUAUCACCUCCUUCAGAACAGCAAGGUCCUGUCAUAUCUCCAGAUUUUCCAAGAAAAAGGCAAAGACACUAUGCUACUCCACCCCUUAAUCCUGGUUCUUCAUUUCCCCCACCCCAUGCUCCUUCAUCAAUGAGCCAUUUGUCAUCUGCUCCCUCACCAUCUCCAAUGACUGUGUCUAGCCAGAUGCCAAUUCCCCAUUUAUCCCCAGUAGUUUCUCCUCCUGCAUCACAAAGUCCAAAGGAGCCUGUCUUGCCACCAGUUCAAUUCUUUCCGCCUCCACCCCCUAAUAAAGAUUGCUCCGGAAUUGCUUGCACAGAGCCAUUAACAAAUACAGUUCCUGGGUCACCCUGUGGCUGUGUUUUGCCAAUGCAAGUUGGACUUAGCCUUAGUGUUGCACUGUAUACCUUCUUCCCUUUGGUUUCUGAGCUGGCAGUAGAAAUUGCUGUUGGGGUUUUCAUGAAACAAAGCCAAGUUCGAGUUAUGGGGGCCAAUGCUGCUAGUGAGCAACCAGAGAAGACAGUUGUCCUUCUUGACUUGGUACCUCUUGGUCAGAAGUUUGAUAACACUACAGCCUUCUUGACCUAUCAAAAAUUUUGGCAUAAACAAGUUGCUAUAAAUCCUUCAUUUUUUGGUGAUUAUGAAGUGCUUUAUGUGCGUUACCCAGGUUUACCGGCCUCUCCACCUUUGCCACCUUCAAGCAUUGGUAUGAUCAAUAAUGACCCAUAUUCCAGUAAUGACAACAAUACCAUGAAGCCCCUAGGGGUUGAUGUGCAGAAGAAGCAGAAUAAAAAUGGCCUUAGUGGUGGCAUGAUUGCAAUAAUUAUUCUGUCAGCCUCUGUAGCUGUGGUACUAUGCUUGGCCUUUGCAUGGGUUCUGCUUUUCAAGCGUAGAAAUAAUUUCGGACAACAGGCACCAACUCCACAGCCUUUGCCAUCCUUUGCAAAACCAUCAGGUUCUGCUGGAUCAAUGGUUGGAAGCGGUCUAAGUUCUGCUUCACCAUCAUUUGCUUCCAGCAUUGCAACUUAUACAGGAUCUGCUAAAACCUUUAGUGCAAGUGACAUAGAAAAAGCCACUGACAAUUUUGACUCUUCAAAAGUACUUGGGGAAGGUGGCUUUGGUCGUGUUCAUAGUGGUGUUCUUGAAGAUGGAACCAAAGUGGCAGUCAAAGUACUGAAGAGAGAUGAUCAACAAGGUGGAAGGGAAUUCUUGGCUGAAGUUGAGAUGCUUAGCCGCCUUCACCACAGAAACUUGGUCAAGUUGAUUGGUAUAUGUACAGAGGAGCGCAUUCGCUGCUUGGUUUAUGAACUUAUUCCUAAUGGCAGUGUGGAUUCUCACUUACAUGGGGUUGACAAGGAAUCUGCUCCGCUUGACUGGGAUGCCCGAAUAAAAAUAGCAUUAGGUGCUGCUCGUGGUCUGGCUUAUCUGCAUGAAGAUUCAAGUCCACGUGUCAUACACAGGGACUUUAAGGCAAGCAACAUCUUGUUAGAAAAUGAUUUCACACCUAAAGUCUCUGACUUUGGUUUGGCUCGAACUGCCUUGGAUGAGGAAAAUAGGCACAUAUCAACACGAGUCAUGGGAACUUUUGGGUAUGUAGCCCCAGAAUAUGCAAUGACCGGUCAUCUCCUUGUGAAGAGUGAUGUUUACAGCUAUGGGGUGGUCCUUCUGGAGCUUCUAACAGGGAGAAAACCAAUAGAUAUGUCACAGCCACCUGGUCAAGAGAAUCUAGUUGCAUGGGCACGUCCUCUUCUCUCAAGCAAAGAUGGUUUAGAGACAAUUAUAGAUCCAUGUCUUGGAUCUAAUGUCCCCUUUGACAGUGUAGCCAAAGUAGCAGCAAUUGCUUCAAUGUGUGUUCAACCAGAGGUAUCACACCGCCCGUUCAUGGGUGAGGUUGUCCAGGCUUUAAAACUGGUCUGCAAUGAGUGUGAUGAAGCAAAAGAUGUAGGCUCAAGAACUUCUAGCCGAGAUGAUUUGUCAACUGAUUUAGAAGCUAGGGUGAGUACUGGUUCAGGACAGUUAACUGAUCCCUUACAAAACCAUCAUUCAGCUCCCAAGUAUGAAUCUGCACUUGAAACUGAGAGAGCACUGACAAUAUCUCAGUCGUUUAGUGCAUCAGCUAGAUUUGGCGGGCAGUCAUCCGAGUCAUUUAGGAGGCACUCUAGUUCAGGUCCAUUAGGAACAGGACGGGGCAAGCGAUUCUGGCAAAGCAUGGAGAAAUCAUCAAGGGGCAGUGUCAGUGAACACGGUUUUAUAUUCAGAUUCUGGCCUGGCUCACAUUGAACAUUCCCUUUUUCUUUCCUUUCUUGUACAUCAACUUCUCCUUCAAAUUCAAUUUUUCUAGGUCAUCAAACCAUCAGCAUAAGCAGUUAUUUGGUCAUCUUUGGGCAGACAAAAUGACAUCCUGCUGGGUUUAUAGAAUUGGGAAAUAAGCAAGAAAAAUACCGAGAAGGCUAAGACUGGUGUUAUGAGGAAGCAACCCCAUGAAUGUUGUUACUUCAAAUUUUGAUUUAACCUUCAAUAACCUCUGGGAAUUAAAAUGGCUUUCAUCAAGGAGCUGCAAGAUGAGAGCAGAUUGAAUUUGCCCCUUGCCGCUUGGUGAGGCAUCGGCAAUAAUGUUAAUGUGGAAUGCUAUUUUCUUGAUCUGUGACUGAAUCCCUGCGAACUGUUGUCAAAUUGUGUAUUUAGAAGAGAAAGUAUUGUUCCGAGUCCCCUUCAUACCUCCCCACCCAUGUAAAGAAUUUUGCGUUUAAUGAAAUGUAGAGUUUCUUGCCUCCAAAGUUACAGAAUUCCAGAAAAUUUUGCCAUGAUAAAAAUGUAGAACUCCUGUUCCUUAAUAGAUUAACUCGUUAAUAAAUUAAUUAUUGUGCA